AUGUCAUUACUGCUCCCUAGCAAAUCCAACAUAGCCAGCAAGGGAAUGGACAUGGAUGACAAGCUAGUCAAACGUAUGCUCAGUUCUGAUGUGGAAAACAAACCAGAGGACAAGGUUGUAAAGGAGGAAACUGAUGGAUUGACUACAGAUCCUGAGUCUGAAGACAAAGAGAGCUCAGACAAUAAUGCUCACAAUGACAAUGAUUCAGAGGGCAAGGAGGUUUUGUCUGUGCUAGUAGAGGGUCAAUCUGGCAAUUGUAAGGUAACAGUAGAGGAGCUUGCAAAAGCAAAGGAGGACAAAGCUGCCACUAGGGCUAAAGUAAAGGCAGAGGCUGAGAAAGUAACACAGGCUAAGGUUAAGGAAGAGGCUCAGACUAAGGCAAAGAAGGAGAAGGAGAGGGGAAAGGAGAGGGAGAAGGAGAAGGAGAAGGAGAGGGAGAAGGAGAAGGAGAAGGAGAAGGCUACAGUCUUAGCACAGUCAGUAACAAAGCAGAAGGAUAGGAAGGAAAAGGAGGGGUCUAAAGGUUCUGAUACUGUCACAAACACAGAAAGGUUGAAGGUGGUAGUAGAAAAGGGGAACAAGCUAGUUCCUGAAGAAGUUGCAAAACCAGAAAAGAAAAAGCCAGUUGUGGAGAAAGAGAAGGUCAAUGUAAGAAGGGAUGGGAAGGAGAAACGAGUCAUAGUCAUGGUUACAAAGCUGGAAAAGAAGAAAGAGGACAAAAGCAAGGAAAAAGAGCCAGUACCAGUGCUCCUAAGCAAGAAGCACACUAUUGUAGAGGUGGAGAUUCUGGUCUCUAGCAAGGAAAUGUGCACAAAAAACCAGAAGGUCAUAGUAGAGUCUUCAAGCAAGGAGGAUGAGGAUAUCCCUCUGGAUUGGGCAGAGGGAAUGGUCUUCCACACACUCAAGUGUGUGAAGUGUGCAGAGAGGCACAAGGGUCCUUAG